GGCCGAGUGGCAGGUUGUAGUGUUUUUUCAAAACAAGUGUGUCCACAACACGGGUGUGCAAUAUCGAGGGGAGAAGGUGGAAUUGUGACGAAAAUUUUGAAAUGAAUAAUCAUGCGUCGAAAUAAUUUUGAUUAGUCGGAAGGAAGCAAUGAAGCAAUUUGUGGAAUAACAAAAUUAACAAGAAAGCUACAAAUUACGGUGAAAAUCAUGAAAGAAUGCCGCGAUUAUCCUUUGAAGCGAAGCUUUGCGAAAUCUAACUGGACGAACCACUAUGAGAAGAACACUGGGGAGAACGGUGCUAAUCAAUGUGCCUAUAUGGACAUUGACGCUAUUUACUUCCAACUCUUGCUUCUGCUGAAACAAGGCAUAACCAAAGGGAUGAUGCCGAAUUUCUACGACAAUUCGCGCCCCACUAUGGUGCCCACCAGCUCCACGCUGCUUGGUGGUGCGCCAAACGGUGGGGAGCAACCUUCGAAGAAACAACAAAUCAUUCCCUUCGACUUGGAAGCAACUUUACAAGCUGUGGACAACGAAGUUCUGGAGGGAGAGGAAGGCAGUUGUCCGAUUUGCAACAAAACAUUCAGCAGAAAGACUUCGCUGCUGAACCACAUACGAAAUCACACCGCCGAGAAGAAGUAUGUCUGCGAGUACUGUCAGAAAGGUUUUUCGCAACAAGCAAAUCUCCGGAACCAUGUUCGCAUUCACACAAAUGAGCGUCCUUACGUUUGCGUUGAUUGUGGCAAAGCAUUUACUCAAAUCACAAACUUGAACAACCACAGACGACUGCACACCGGAGAGAGACCCUACGUUUGCAUUGAGGCAAACUGUGGUCGCUCGUUCGCUCAAGUGACCAAUUUGAACAACCACAUGAAAACACACCACAAAACCCAACAGUACGUAUGCAAUCAGUGCCCGAGGCGGUUCUACCAGGUCACCCAGUUGAACCUGCACUUGGUGUCGGAGCACAGCUCGACGAAAACCUUUUUCUGCCCUCAGUGUCCGGACAAGCGUUUCAAGUCCCAGUCGCUUUUCCAACACCACUUGAAAAUUCACGGCUCGAACUUUGGCUUUCCGUGUCCAAAGUGCGACGAAAGGUUCAUUCAGGAAUCUCACCUCAUACUCCACAUGACCCAUCAACACGGAGAUUUUGCGUGCACCAUGUGCUCGAUGACGUUUAACGACGAAGUUUUGCUUAAGAAGCACGUCCAAAGGCACCUGGACGGAAGAUUUCUCACCUGUCCGGUUCUCGGUUGUAACGAGGGAUUCACCAUGAAGAACCAUCUGACGAAGCACAUGCAGAUGCGACACCCGGCGAUCGACCUCAAGAAGAGCGCUCCGACGCCCGGUGGAGGCGGAGUCAGUGCGCGUCCCCCGAGACACUGCUGCCAUUACUUCAGCUGUAGCGAGUCCUUCGAGACGUCCGAAGGGCUGAGCAAUCACCUGCGAACCGGCCACGGGCUGCCGAUCGCCAGUCCAGAGGAGAAAAAGCAAAUGCAGCACAUGAUCACCAACGGAGGGGACAUCAACAUGGCGGCUGCCCAGAUGCAGCAGCACGCGACUUCGUUGCUCAGUGCCAGCUUCCAGUCCUACCAGCAGCAGAUCACCGAAGCCCAGCAGCAUCAGCAACAGCAGCAGGCUCAACAACAGGCUGCAGCGGCAGAUAAGCAGAAAGCUUACUCGGUGUCCGACUUGAUCAGUAUGAACGAAGAACUUCAACAGCAUCAUCAUCAUCAACAGCAGCAACACCAGCUCCAACAACAGCAGCUUCAACAACAACAGCAACAACGCAGUCAGCAACACAACGGGAAGGCUGAUGUUGAGCAAAAUAUUGAAGACCGGGUUAACAACUUGAGUCGCAUAAAAACCGAACUGCAAAUCCAGAACCUGUUCGGUCUGGCGAACCCAGCGACGAACCCGCUGGGCGGCGGCGGCCUCGGCUCGUUCGCGCCCUCCUGCAACCCGGUGAAGCUGGUGUGCAGCUUCUGCUACAACGUGUACAAAACGCCCCAAACGCUGUCGAGGCACAUCGAGAAAUUUCAUAGCUAAAUUUGUGCGCGUUUCUUAUUUUUUUGUAAACUUGUGUCGUAAAACGUUUCACCGUUCGGAUUUAGGCGAUUGCAACGUUUGCAGCGUGGACUCUUGCCGAAAUGAAAAUCGCUCGAAAAUAAUGUGCAAUCCACGUGAAAACGAAGAGCCACGCUCCACUCGCUGCAAUCAUUUGUUGUAUUAACAUGAAAAAAGUACAAAUCGGAAACAUUCUUGAAAAUGUUCACCCCAAACGGGAUUGGUGGAAUUGUAGACAUUUUCUACGAAUGUUCAACCAAACCAUGCAUGGUCACAUCGAGUAAGUAUUUUGUACGGGAUGCAAUAAUUUCUUCAAUAGUACUGUGUUUUAGUGCAAAAGAAUUAAAAAUAAAACGAAAGAAGGUUUGUUAGAAAUUAACCGAAAGAGAGAGAUAGAGAAGGAGAAAGCUGUAGCGGAAAUAAUUAGAUAUUUAUGUAAAAUGCGUUCUACAAAUAUUUACUUGCGUGGUAAAUUGAGACAAUCGAAUCGAUUGCCAGUGGAAGGAUUUACCAGCCAACUAAAUGUUCUGUUGGAAGCGAAGCCAGUGUUUAGGGAUACGACUAAAAGUACCAUUG